AUGUAUUGCUCAUGUAGGAAAGAGCUCCAACGAAUGCGGAAGGAAGGUGGUGCUCCAAAGAAGAAGAUAUUGAAAACAACGAAAACUUCUGAGAAUCCACCGGGAACCAGCACUAAGGGUAAAAAAGGCGCGAAUGUUAAAAUCGCAGAGACGGUCACGGAAGUCGGAAUUGGAAUGGAAAUGUUCAAUCCUGUGUUGUUGGAGCAUGUUCCUGGGCUGGACAACCGGAGCAAAGACCUUUAG